GGUCCACCCGAGUACUCGUACUGUACGCCUCAUAGCAAUUAUUAACAUCUCUUGCUCUCUUUCUUUUUUUUCCCGAAUUUGAAUUUGAAUUCGAAUCCUUCUUUUCCUAGUAGCAUAUCAGCACUUGUACGAGUACUCGAGUACUGGUAUGGAACAUGGCGGUAGGAGAGUUAUUUUGUGGCUUGAUGGUUGAUCCAUGAUAAACAGCGGGUGGAUUGGGAUUUCGGGUGUUAAAAAGCUUCUCGACCCCCCCCACCGCCCGGUCGAUACUGGGGUGGAGGCUUCUUCGCUGCUGCUGCAUGGCACUUCACGGUCGAGGUCACAGUCUUGCUCGAGUACAUUAUGUGCCGGUACGGUAAUAUGCUCUCGUCCUACCUUCGUGUCCCGGCACUGUUUGGCUUGAUGGGCAGAUUGUAAGAAAUACCGGUAUACAGAGCGAGUACGGUAUGAGUGUCACUGCGAGCUGUGAACCGUCCCACUCUCGCUCUGUUUCUCUCUGAGCUCUCGUGUCCACAUACCGGCCAUCUGUUUUUCCCAGAAUGCGUCUGCCGUGAGUGCGGUUUGUGUGUGGAAUAUUACAUCUGUUGUAUAGUACCGUACGAUACGGGAUGGGAUAGGAUUGGAGCGAGGUCUCUCUCUCCCUCUCUCCUAUGCUACUAUCACGCACAUUUGGGCAACUGUGCGAGCAGAGAGCAUAGCGCUGUGCGCUACGGCACUAUCGCCUCCUGCUGCUGCUGCGCUUGAUCUUCUGCUUGAUGCUGCUCACACAACCGGGAAUGGAGAGCACGGUACGGCAGGCGCAGCGCAUUGCCGUUCCCUAGCACAGUCUACCGUAGAUUUUAUAGAAAGGAGGGAUGGAGUACUGUAGACAAGGCAAAAUGGACGAUAAUAAUAUGGUAGGGAUAUUCACUGUACUCGUACAUGGUAUAUCCAUCUGACCAGACAAUCAUCAUCACCAUCACCAUCAUCCUCUCUUCCCUCUCUCCCUCUCCCAUUCUCUUCAACCUCAUCUCCCCCUCUCCCCCUCUCCCUCCUCUCCCUCCCUCCCUCUCUCCCUCUCUUCACUACGACCCCCCCGGGGAAUAGCUCACUCUCUCUACACCUCCCUCCCCGACUAGCAUUUGACCAAACCUCUCCUUCCUUCCUUCCUUUUCUUUCACCUCACACAUAUACCGGUACUCAUUCUUCUUGUUUGGUCCCUGUUUGUCCGCCGGCAUCAUUGUAAAGCUGUCCAUUAUUGAUUUCCGCAGCCUUCCUAAUCCCUCUCCCCCCCAUAUUCCCCCCUUCUGUGCCUCUCCCCUCGCUCUCUGCCUGCCAUCCCCCUCUGUCCCUCACUCUCACUCUCAAUCUUUGUGUGUGCGUGUGCGUGUGUGUGUUUCGUCUCACCUUGCCCUUCCUUCCUUCCUUCCUUUGGUCGCCCUUCCCUAUCAGGCUCUCUCUCUCUCCCCCUACCCCACGACCCAUAAUCACGGGCGACGCAACGACAGAGUGCCCUCACUCACUUGAAAAUCAAUAAACAAGUAAUAGACCAACCGUCUGCUAUCUUUUACUCUUGCUCGGUCACCCACCCACACACUCACUCAGUCCCCCUGCCCACACACUUGCUCUUGCCUCUCACUCAAUUGAUUCUCGCCUCUUGCAUACAGAAUCCUACUUGCCGUUUCAUACUUGAUCCCUUCCUUCCCCAAGGGUUACCCUAAAUCCCAUCCCCUUUAACAUCAACCAGCCAUCCGACCCUGUAAAAUUCUCAUCAUCCCGCUCUAUCAUUCAUUACCGCCACCCCGUCACCCUCUCCCCCCACCCUCAUCCAUUCACUUCUAGAUCCACCUCACAUCCGCACCCACAUUAUCGCAUUUCUUCCACCGCACUUUUCUGCAUUGUUUAAACUGUCCAAGGUGGCCGGAAAGAAGAAGAAGAAAAGAAAGAAACACUGAAAAUUUGAUCGUGGGGAAUUCGUCAUCUUAUCCAUUUCAGGGACUUGUAGGCACUGGGGCUCUUGGGGGAAAAAAAAGCAAGAUGUCUUUCGGUCAUGGCUCAAUAUUGAGCGGUGGCAGUUCGGAGUCGGGAGAAGGUUUAGCGAUGAAUUGGUACGAUUCCCCCUCGAUCUGAAGAUUAGCCUCAUCCAAUACUUUAUUCGUUCUCGCCACGAGCAACGGGCUGAUCUUCGAUUUGAUAGGGUUCUGGAUCAUGUACUCGCCUACCCUGCCACAUACGACUUUGCUCUACCACUCAGAACCAUUUACAUACUCAACUCGACCACACCCCAUACAUCUCCGGCCGAUUUUAAGCUGCUACUUCUGGAACACAUAUCAAAUCUUCCGUCCCAACCCUGCACCCUUCCACCAUCAUUCCUCUCCACAUUUGUCAGGAAAUGUUUCCCUCGAGACCUGGUAAAUGUCCAGUUUGAUCAGGCAUUUACAGCGUUGGAUUAUAUCCGGGACCUGGAGAUCCGUAGGUCAAAAGAAUUGGAAAAGGCUGCUAGAGCUAGGGGUGAGGGUGACCGGAGGAUAGUAAAUCUCAGGAUCAAGUCCAUUAGAACUGAACAAUUUUACGCUAGGGCUAUCGCCGGGAUCAGACGUUGGGUGAGUUGUUGGCUCCGUGAUUUUCCGCUUUCGUGGAUAAUAUCCUUUCUGAGGCGCUUAAGCUGAUUGCAUUGCAUAAACAGACCUUGCUCCACGAACUUUCCAUCACACCGUUCAACAAAUUUAACUGCAUUGCAAUCCUCAACACACUCUAUCCCAUCGAAGAAGCUGACAUCAACUCGUAUUUACCCGCACCCACACUCGCUAGUCAGCGUCAUGCACUUUGGCGCUACAUUACCGGAGUAGAGAAAAAUGGGCCUGGAAUAUUGGAAUCUGUUCGAACCGGCAAUGGCGGUUGGGUGGGAGUUAGUGAAGCUGUGAACGCAUAUCUCAGAUUGUCUCUGGAUAUGAUCCAGAAGGCGGACGAACUGGCAAGACCAUCCAGCAUCGGCAGUUUCCAGUCAGAUGACAGCAUGGACGUGGGCGCAACCUCGAUCUCUCGGACAGCACCCGAGAGGAAGCGAAAGAAGGCCGGGUUUUUGAGAAGAGACACGGUUGGCAGCGAGACCUCGGAAGAGGAGGACGGGAAGGCGAGCACCUUGGAACGCAUUGUGAGGGGUCUAGCUCGACUGGGGUCGUCCCCGCGCCCGGGCUCGCCUAAAAAGCUAUACGAGAGUGAUGCCGGUAGUGAGGAGGACUUUCCCAUGAGAUAUGGUUGAUUGACCGCAUGCGGACGAACCGAGAAAAAAAAAGAAGAAAAAAAGGAAGUGGGUUGGGUGUUUGGUUGGAACGAAAUGCUUUACCGGGUUUGGUUAUCUGGGAUGGAGUUGUUUAGUUCAUGAACCGGAAUGACAACGAAACAAACAAAAAAAUGAACGGAGCAUGCAUAACGGCGGCAUAUCAGGGUGUCUUUUUUUUUUUCCUUCUAAUGUAUCUAUCAUAUCUAUCCAUCUAUCGGACAGGCGCAGAUACCAUCAUGAGAUAUGACCUCGCUUUUCGUCCUAUUCCUCAUUUCCCUCAUUUUUUUUCUCAUUUUUUCUUUUUAACCGCCACAGUGGACGGAAAAUUUCACAGGAUAAGAAGGAAUGAAGGAGGAGUAGCUCUAGAAAUGCGCUUAUCGGUACGACAUGAGCUGCGAACGAAGCGGGCACUUGCUCCCGUUUUACUUAUUUGCUUUUAUUGAUUCAUUUUCCGUGCGGGUUCUUUUUUAUAUAUAUCCCUCCUGUUUUAUUAUUUUCAUCAUUCAUGUCGAAUGACUACUCACGAUACCGCUUCACCCUCUUCACGUAAGUGUGGAUCCUUUUUGUCCCUUUUCUCCCCCUUCAACUCCUGAAUGCGAGGGGUUGUCAUUGUCUGCGUCAUACUAUAUCACUCUCCCCCACGGAAGCCUUCAAGGAAAGAGAUCCGACGCAUAGGACCGGGGAAUGGCGUAUUCUUUUUUUUUUUCUUCUCUUUUUUUUCCCCUUUAUCUUAUUUUUAUUUCAUCAUUUAAUUUCAUUACAUGGGGUCCUUUCUGCUUUUUCCUCUUUGCUUGCUUGUUGGUUUAUUUCAGCCCCUGCGGAGUUGACAAUUGUGCAUACGUUUUACCAUUUCACCUUUCUACCCCUCCUUGUACUGUACUCGUACUCGGGCAUAGGAUUGAUAGGGUUCGCCAUCAUCAUCAUUACCAUAUCGUCGUCAUGCUUGCGAAAGCGAAAGUGAAAAAGUGGGGGCCAGAGAGAUGUCCAUUGCGUUGUAUCAUGCCCGUCCAUCUAUCCAUCCAUCAAUGCGUCGAUACAAAACUGACACAAGGACAAAACAUCUACCGUAUAUACAUUCCAAGCGCCAAAACCUAACAAGGGCGAUCGAUAGAAAUAGCAAUAGCUAAAGCAAUGGAGGAAACCCCCGUAAAGAUUAUAAACCAUAACCAAGCCACAAAAAACAAGAGUUUUUUUAUUUUUACAAUAGUAAUGAUAUAACCUUAUGUUUAUUCCGCUGCGCGAUGCGCUGUAUCCAAGAUAUCCAGCCAAGAAAUCAACCAAAGAAAAGCGGAAGAAGGGAAAAGAGUGAGAAAAGGAGGGGGGGGGGGGGGGUUAUCGUUUCCUCGUAAGCACCAUUUCCAAAACUUCCUCCAGUCCAUCCUUAGCCUCGGACGGCGGGAAUGAAGAUAUGGCCUGCCGUGCAGUGACACAGAACGACUCCGCUAGCGCGAGUGUGCGGUCUAUGCCAUCCGAUUUGUGGACUAGUGCUCUUGCCUGUGUUCCCCGUUAGCCACCGCAAACACGGGUAAGGGAGAGGAAGAAUGGGUACCUUCUCAACAUCACCGUCGAGACAAAAUCUCCUCUCGAUCAUUUCCCCGAGUUCUCCAAACUCCUCGCACGCGUAGAGCACGGGCGCGGUGGCCAAGCCCAGUUCCAGGUCGGCGCCGGCCGGCUUUCCAAUCUGCUCGUUGGAGGAGGUGUAAUCGAGCACAUCGUCCACGAGCUGGAAAGCGAGCCCUAGAUGGCGGCCAUAGACGUAGGCUUUCGCCGCGACCUCUUCGGUAGCACCGCCGAGUACGGUGGUGGCCCGGCAGGACUUGGAUAUCAGGCUGGCGCUCUUGAGGUAUGUCUUCUCGAGGUAAUACUCCAGCGAAUCGCGUAGGUAGGCCUCGCGCGAAGGCUUGUUGGUAAAGUCGACGGCCGCGGCGCUGGUCGCUGUGUUCUGCAGCUGGAAGAGCUCGCCCUUGACUAGUUCUGCAAUCACCUCUGCUAGUAGUUCUAUCACCUCUGGGUUCCGUAGCCGCGCUAAGUACACGCUUGCCCGGCCAAGCAUGUAGUCGCCAGCUAGGAUGGAGAGCUUGUUUCCCGAGAGGGCGAUGGCGCUGGGCUUUCCACGCCGGGUCUCGGCCUGGUCGAGGACGUCGUCGUGCAGGAGUGUUGCUGUGUGGAUUAAUUCCACGAUUUCCGCGAGACGGCGCUGGGUUCCCAAGACCUGCACACCUCCCCCCGUCGCUGUCGCUGAGACUCCGGCGGGGCCGAGAAUGUCGACGGGCAUGAGCCGGCUGCUAAGCAGCGCUAGGUCCGGAUUUGUGUCCCGCAGGAUCUCGGACGGGGCCACGGUGCUGUUGAAGGUCUUCUCUAAUUCUGCGCUUGCGUGUUGCCAGUUCUGCCGCUUCGGGGCGAUUGCGGUGGCCCGCGACAUCAGGAAUAUCACCAUGGGACGGAAGAGCUUGCCGUUCGCUUGGAGGUAGUAUUUUGAUGUCUUGUCCAGUCCCGGCAAGUUUGUGGAGCAUAGAAGGGAGAUCUGCGAUUUCAGGUGGGUGAGCUCUGGAGCGACAACCUCUUCGGGGUUGAUC